AUGGUUCACUCGAUACCGAUAGCCAUAUUUGCAAUCUUCGCCUUUUACGUCGUACGAGUGGUCCGCCAACACCAUGCCCUGCGACAUUUUGGCGGCCACUGGUCUGCUGGCUGGUCACGCUUGUGGCUCCUCAGGACUCAGAGCAGUGGUGAAAUGCACAAGCACUUCACUGCAAUUAACAAACAGCAUGGGUCAACCGCUCGCAUCGGGCCCCAGAUGCUUAUCACAUCAGACCCGGACCUGUUGCGACGCAUGAAUGCUGUUCGUUCGACCUUCACAAGAGGGCCUUGGUAUGCAGCCCUCAAGCUCCACCCGGAACGCGACAACAUCACAUCUUAUACCGAUGAGCGCAAGCAUGCAGACCUACGCCAUCGGAUGGCGCCCGGCUACUCUGGCAAGGAGAACCCUCUCUUGGAGCAAGACGUUGAUGACAAGCUGCUUGACAUGCACGACUUGAUCAUUGACAAGUACUUGAAUCGUCCCGCGGAAGGUAUUUUCAGAAUCUGUGACCUCGGCCGCGUGACUCAAUAUUUCACCCUCGACGUGAUCUCAAAGAUCGCCUUUGGUCAGACCUUUGGCUUCUUGGAAAACGAUGACGAUCCGUUUGGUUACAUUGCCAACUUAUCUCAGCUACUUCCGGCCAUCAUCGUUUUUGGUGUGUACACCGAGCUCACAAACCUGAUGAAAAUUCCUCUUCUCAAAUCUGCGCUCCCCAAGUCAACCGACAAGCGAGGUAUUGGACGUGUCAUGGGCUUUGCGGCAGAUCGCGUACGAGAACGAUUCGGAACCAAGCCAGUGGUACGCAAGGAUAUGCUGGGCGCGUUCAUCAACAAGGGUCUGACMCAGGGCGAGUUGGAGAGCGAGACACUCACCCAGAUCACCGCAGGUUCCGAUAGCACAGCGUCCUCGCUGCGCCUUACUUUGCAUUUCAUCUCGACGUCGCCGCCGAUCUUGGAGCGCGUACUGGCAGAGGCCCGCGCUGGCAUCGAGGCUGGCAAGAUCAGCCGUCCCGUCAUCAAGGAUUCAGAAGCGAGGCAGCUACCGUAUCUACAGGCAUGUAUCAAGGAAGGCUUGCGCAUGUACCCGCCGGUGACUGGUCUAUUAGCCAAGCGUGUGCCCAAUGAGGGUGCAUACGUCGAGGUUGAUGGUGUYGAGAAGUUUGUGCCGGGUGGCACCCAGAUUGGAUGGAACAGCUGGGCCAUGAUGAGACAUGAGCACAUCUUUGGCGCCGAUGUCGAAAUCUACCGUCCUGAACGCUGGUUGCCGAGUGAUGGAAGUGAGCAGGAGCGCGCUCGCGUCACAAAGAUGACGGACACGGUGUCGCUGUGCUUUGGCUACGGCAGAUUCGGAUGCUUGGGUCGAGGCGUUGCUACCAUGGAGCUGAACAAGGCCAUUCUUGAGACUCUGCUUCGAUUCAACCUACAGCCAUGCAGCCUCGCCAAGCCAUUCGACGAGAUGGUAGUCGGAUUUUAUGUCCACGACAACAUGAACUUUGUCGUCACUGAGCGGCAAGGUGAACUCUCCAAGGACACUCCUCUCUACCAAGCGCAGUUUGAUGCCGGAGCCAUUGCUGGCGCAUACGAAGAAUAG